GCCUUUCAACCUAAACCCAAUGGUCGAAGAAAUACCCUUCGUCAUUCUCGCCUUUGCCCCCUUUUCUCCCUGUGCAAAACCCUAACGGAAACCGCACCCAUCUAACAAUGUCUCAGUUUUUCUUCGAAGAACAGCAAUUGCAAUAUUGGUUGAACGUUUUUUAGUUUAGUCGCGGUUCUGCGCGGAGGAAACGAUCCCCUCCUCUCGGACCAAUCUCUCCGAUUUCCUGCCGUCUAUGCCGCCGCCAGAGUCUACUCCUCACCUUUCUAAUCGAGAAUCGUGGAGCCUUUUCAAAUACAGUAAUCUUGAAGAUGACGACUACGCGAUUUCUGGGCAGUCUUUUUUGUUUCCCGUUUCAUUAUUGGCUAUCGAUCGCAAAUUUUUAACGUGAAAUUGAUACUUCUGCACAAAAUUAGAUAUAUUCAAUAUUGGUUUUGCAUAGUUCGUAAAGUAGGCUAAUGUUAGGGUUUUGUUCCCAUUUUAAAGCCUUAGUGGUUGAUUUGGAUGGACAUUUUCAGUCUCUCUUUCUUUGGUUAGUGAAAUGGAAUUUUAUUG